GUUCUUUUCCUGGCCUGAGUCGCCAUAGUGGGGUCUGCAGGGCAUUGCCUGGGGCGGUGACAUUUCUCCGGCCCUGCAGCUGCGGCGGCCACGCCGCAGCUAUGGCAUCGCAGACCCACAUCUGGACGGGGGAGCUGGAACGGGCCCUCUUUCCUGCUGCUGCUGUUUGCCGAGCUCGGCAGCAGUGUGCAUGCGUCAUGCGUGUGCACGCAUCCGUGCAUGAACCCGGUGCUGCGCCCCGCGCUUCCGCGCUUCAGCCUGCGUCGCGCCGUCCGCCAUGGACACAAACGCGCAGACGCCGGGAACGUUCUAGCCGGCUUUUGCGGACAUCUGGCCGGCGACUGGAUGCGGCGCCGAUCCAGCGCUCCGCCUCCUGACAGGCCGUGGGGGAAGCUCACCAGCUGUGUGAGCAGCGGAUGUCCGUCUCCUCCUUUACGGAGGGGCACGGAGAGGGCCUGCACGGGUCCAGACGGGUCUGUGUGGAGUGUGCAUUGUUUGCAUCGUUUGCAUUGGUUCCGUGCCGCAGCACCGUCUUUCCUGUGCUCCUCUGGAAAGCGCCACAGACAGGCGGUUCCUGGCCACGAGCCACGAGCCGCCAGCGGGUUCAUGCCAGAGCCGGGCCUGUUUCCCAAUCCGGCAGCAGCGCCCAAAAAAAAGGCGGCGGGACGAUCGACCCAAAAAACAAGGACGCGCACGUGACGCAGGCGGGGCGGUUCCAGACUCUCCACGGGCGACAGCAGGACCGGAAGAGGCUCUCUGGACCACAGAAAACAGCAGCAGAGCCACCCAAGACAGGGGU